AUGGAUCAAGCCGACAUCCCCGCGCUCCUGGCGCGCCUCGCGUCCGACGAGGAUGCUGCGCGCAAGAUGGCUGUAUUCAAACUGCAGUCUUCCAUAAACGACCCAGCUUUCGCCGAUGUUUUUAUAUCCUCCGGGGGUCUCGUGAUUCUACGUCGUCUAAUCAUGACGGCCGGCGGCAACACCCUCGCCUACUCGCUACAAAGCUUGACCCGGUUGCUGGAAGUCGACAUGGGCUGGGAUAUAUUCGAAGGCCCCUCCGCGGGGGACUUGGUGGAGAGGAUAGUUGAGUUGAUUGUGACCAAUCCGCUGGUGAAUAUUUUGCGCGGCGCCAUGUCCAUCUUGGUUGCUCUGGUUAGCAGGUCGCCAACUUCCUCCUCCAGCGGCUUGACCGGCGCACCCCACGAGCUCAACGGAACUGCUGGCAGUUUGUCGCCACGGACUCCGACCGCAGCUCGCGUGCCAGGCACAUUUGGAUCUCGCGCCCUCAAACCCGCCGUCGCCGUGUACCCCCAGUUCUUCGAAUUGGUCAUUCAGCAGCUCCAGAGCGCAGACCACGCAUUGUGCGCCAAUGCGCUGAUGCUGAUCAAUGCGCUGAUCCGAGACGCCGUCUCCGGCGAAGGGAGCGGCAGCGGAAGCAGCGGUGGUGUCGGCGGCCCCAAUGGCGCGCCGCCUAAAAGCCCUGGAGCCGUCCCGGGCGAGGAAUGGAGCAAGUUCAUAAAGCGCCUGCAGGAUCUCGGCCUGAUUCGCGCGGUGUACAACCUACUACAGAGCUCGGCGCUGCAGGACCUGGCGCACCCGCUUUUGGAGUUCCAAUCGCUGACUAAGGUGUUAUUGAGGAAGUGGAGGGAGGUGAGAGUCGACCUCGAGCGGCCGGAGCACAGGAGAGCGUUGAAGGGGUUACAUCUUGCGAGUGCGCCGGAUAGGCGGCACGCGAAUGGGGCGGUGACGACAGUGCCUGGGACUGCAACGUCCGAAGAUGGAGAAGUGUCACGGAAAGGAAGUCGAAGACACAACCCAGAAAAAUGGAGGAGAUUGGGCUUCGAAACCGAAUCACCAGCCGUCGAGUUUGAAACGGCGGGCUUCCUCGGUAUGAUGGAUCUGACCGAUUAUGUGAGGAAGAAUGAGGACGGUUUCCAGAAGCUACUCCUUGAACAGUCAACACGGCCGCUAAGCCAGAGAUGCCCGGUGGCAAGGGCAAGCUUGACUGUCACCAUGAUCCUUUACGAACACUUCCAGGUGGAUAGGUCAGAUAUGGAGGAAUCCAAGAUUUAUAUGGCCUUAAAUGACGCCUCGACGCACGACAAGUUAUUCCGCCCAUUGUUACUCCAAUGGUCGCGGCUUCAUACCGCGGGGCUCCAUGCCUUUUUCCGCCUCUGGAAGUCAACCGGUGCGCAACGCAACGACUUUGACAAGGUGGCCGAGCUCGUCCGUGUGCUUAUUGAACAAGUGGUGGGCCAGUCAAGCCGGACCAAGGAUGUUCUCGAGGUGGAGGAUGAGCUUCAAGAGUACGAUGCGGCGCGGCUGCGGGAGCUGCAGAUGGAUUUGUUGGAGCUUGCUUUUGAGGACCACUGGGGGCCGCAUCUCUUCCAGGUCCGCGAUGAGCUCAAGCAUGAGGCGCUCCAAUUUGUCAAGGAACAACGGAUCAGGUGCCUGCUGCAGGGCAGUUGGUUUAUUAAGCCGAUGCCUCACACCAGGCAAGAAAGUUAUACUAAACACCGGCUAUAUCAACCGUGGCGAUACGCCAAGCUCUCGCACAACCGCCGGUACUUGCACUACGGCGACUUUCCGGAGAAGCUACCUUACGAUCCCGGGCUAGAAACCCUCACCGAAAAGAUAGAUCUUGGGACUAUCAGCUCCGUUGUGUCCAACGUGUCUGCAAAUCCAGAGGCCGAGACCAGUGAAGCAGAAGGCGAACAGACCCCUAAUUCCAGCACGCCCACACUCCGCCAUAACGGUGCCGCCAUCACGAAGCCUACCACUAAGAUCACCAUCUAUUCCUUCUCUGACGACGCAGCAGGUUCCAGCAUCACCCCUGCAACCCCCGAUACCACCGUCAUUUCCACUCUCGGCGGCGGCAGCAGCACAGAAACCAAAGAACAACCAGUGCUGACACUCUACCCGCCCACUCACAGCCUAGCAUCAGAGUGGUUGGACGGGCUACUCAUGCUGCUAAACCAGGCGCCCAUCACAGCCGAAACAAACAAGCUUGUUACGCUGGUCAGCGAGUAUGGGUUGAAGAUUAGGCUGUUGAACGUUCGCCUGGAGCAGAUGUACGCCGGACCUGAGGGGAGAGGGAAGGGCGUCGGGGUUGUCCCUAGUCGGGAAGGGCUCGAUGAGGACUACUUUUAUGAAAUCUAG